AAAUCUUAGGUUAUAGUGUGUCGUUGGCCCCUCCAAGGACAAAGCUCAUUUAGUAUAUCAGAGUUCGGUUGAGGAUGAGGGAACAUGGAAGGAGAUGGAGCUUCUUCUUUGAGUCAGUGACGAGUGAGUACUGAGUAGCUCACUCAACCUCAACACCAACCAUCUUCAUCUCUCUCGCCGACCAAAUGUAGUGUACCAGAAGUCAAACCAUUCAAUUUGUUAUUUCCAUGGCUUCCCAAUGUCGUCUGGGUUUUUCAACAUCUUCUUCGUCCUCACUAUUUCCUUCUUCCCCAUCCCUCAAGUCAAGACCCAAAACCCUUCGAUACUGGAGGAAUUUUCAGAUUAGACCCUCGAUUACUUCCCAGUUAUCAAACUCUAAUGCUAACUGUGACGAUGAAAACGAUAAAACGAAGAGAACCCAAUUGGAUUUUCUCAAAAUCUCCGUGACGCUGACUGUAAUGUCUGCCUCUUUGGCCCGAUCCAAUUCGGCCAUAGCCGCAGUGAAAGGGCGAAAACGCUCGGGCAAAAAACCCACCACUAAGAAACCAGAAACCUCCUUAUCGCCUCAAGAACUCAAGGCCUGGUCGCAGGGACUUCCUGUUGUUUCGAAUCGUAUACCGUACACCCAAUUACUGGAAUUGAAAGAGGAAGGUAAUCUUAAGCAUGUAAUUAAGCCUCCCGGUAUGAAUUUGAGACAAAGGGCAGAGCCCGUUUUGGUGGUUUUGGAAGACUUUAGAGUGUUAAGGACGAUGUUACCAUCAAUAGAGAGUGAUAAGAAGUUUUGGGAUAGUUGGGAUAGGUUCAAUAUCGAUUCAUUUUGUAUUAAUGCUUAUACACCUCCAAUGAAGAAACCGGAGUUACCGUCUCCUUAUCUGGGUUUCUUGUCAAGAGUACCGGAGUUUAUUGUUUCAUUGAGGAAGCCGAAGAAAGAGUCGAAAAGGGCUGCGGAGCUGAGGCGGGUAAGGGAGGAUUUCAAGAGGGAAAGGAAAGAAGACUUGGAGAGAAUGAGGAAGGAAAGAGAGAUGAUUGAUAAGGUCAUGUCAGCUCAGAAGAAAGAACAAGAAAGAAGACAGAGGAGAGAGUUGAAAAAGAAGAAGCACGAGGAGUCAUUACGCCAGUCUCGUAAGAAUUAUCAGUAUAUGGCGAAUGUUUGGGCCAAUUUGGCCAGGGAUCAGAAUGUGGCAACGGCACUUGGGUUCGUGUUCUUUUAUAUAUUUUAUAGGGUAGUGGUGUUGAAUUAUAGGAAGCAAAAAAGAGAUUAUGACGAUAGAUUGAAGAUUGAGAAAGCGGAAGCUGAAGAAAGGAAGAAAAUGAGGGAGUUAGAGAGGGAAAUGGAGGGUCUUGAAGGGAUUGAGGGUGAUGAUGAAGAGCUCGAGCAAGGAAAAGGUGAAGACAAUCCAUACAUGAAGAUGGCAGUGCAGUUCAUGAAAUCUGGGGCUCGUGUUCGACGAGCACAAAAUAGGAAACUUCCUCAGUAUUUGGAGAGAGGUGUGGAUGUGAAGUUUGAGGACGUUGCUGGGCUUGGGAAAAUACGGCUUGAGCUUGAGGAAAUUGUCAAGUUUUUCACUCAUGGAGAAAUGUAUAGGAGGAGAGGUGUUAAAAUACCUGGUGGUAUACUUCUUUGUGGCCCCCCUGGCGUUGGUAAAACUCUACUUGCAAAAGCUGUAGCUGGUGAAGCUGGCGUUAACUUUUUCUCUAUAUCAGCCUCUCAGUUCGUAGAAAUUUAUGUUGGUGUUGGUGCUUCUCGUGUUCGUGCACUUUACCAAGAAGCGAGGGAAAAUGCCCCAUCUGUUGUCUUUAUUGAUGAGUUGGAUGCUGUUGGGAGGGAGCGUGGUCUGAUUAAGGGUUCUGGUGGGCAAGAACGUGAUGCUACUCUUAAUCAGCUACUAGUAAGCUUGGACGGUUUUGAGGGACGAGGGGAAGUGAUCACUAUUGCAUCUACAAAUAGACCAGACAUUCUAGAUCCAGCACUUGUCAGACCUGGAAGGUUUGAUCGGAAAAUAUUCAUCCCUAAGCCUGGCCUUAUAGGUCGCAUUGAAAUUUUAAAGGUUCAUGCUCGUAAGAAACCAAUGGCUGAAGAUGUGGACUAUAUGGCUGUUGCUAGUAUGACUGAUGGAAUGGUUGGAGCAGAGCUAGCUAACAUAGUUGAGGUUGCUGCUAUUAAUAUGAUACGUGAUGGAAGAACUGAGAUUACUACUGAUGAUCUCUUACAAGCUGCACAAAUGGAAGAACGAGGAAUGCUGGACAGAAAAGAGAGAAGCUUUGAGACUUGGAAGCAAGUAGCUAUUAAUGAAGCAGCAAUGGCUGUUGUAGCUGCAAACUUCCAAGAUCUUAAAAACGUCGAGUUUCUCACUAUUGCUCCUAGAGCUGGUAGGGAAUUGGGCUAUGUUCGGAUGAAAAUGGAUUCUGUUAAGUUCAAUGACGGGUUUCUUACUCGACAAUCCCUACUGGAUCACAUCACUGUUCAACUAGCACCUCGCGCAGCAGAUGAAAUUUGGUUUGGGGAGGAUCAGUUGAGCACAAUAUGGGCUGAAACGGCUGACAAUGCUCGUUCAGCAGCGAGAACUUUUGUUCUUGGUGGUCUUUCUGACAAACAUCAUGGUGUAUCUAACUCAUGGGUUGCAGAUCGAAUCAACGAUCUUGAUACCGAGGCAUUGAAAAUUGUCAACAUGUGUUAUGAACGUGCAAAAGAGAUUCUGAACCAAAACAGAAAGCUCAUGGAGGCUUUGGUGGAUGAACUAGUUGAGAAGAAAAGUUUGACGAAACAGGAUUUCGUGCGCCUAGUAGAGUUGUAUGGCUGCCUCAAACCUCUGCCGCCAAGUAUACUUGAUCUCAGGAUCGCUAAGCGUAACCAGUACCAAGAUCUUAUAAUGAACCAGAAGGAUGGCUGAUCCUUAGUUUCUAACUGAAGUGGGCCUCGGAAAACGACGUAAAUCUUAGGCAUUUUGGGGGUGCUUUCAUUUAUUUUUUUUUAUAUAAAUAAUGUAUUUAUAUAUAUACAUUUAUGGGAAAUCGUAGUCAAAAUUUUGACAAUUUUUUUAAAGAAAUAUAUAUUUCAUUCUUUUUA